UUUACGACAUUUAUACAAGUUCACGUUAAGAUCUUUACGCUCUCCGUGGUGCUGAGAACGCGGCGUGAAAUGAAAGUUAAAGGAAGUCAUGGCUGUGUUGGGUUGAACUGGAGGUCUGUUUCUACGCCCCUAGACGUAAUUUACACACGCAAACUCUCCGAGAGCUUCAGUCACCGCCUGUAAGAGACAGGACACGCACCAUAACUUACAAAUAACGAAUAACACCGUAAAGGACUGAGGGGAAAAGAUGGGUGUUGGUGUAUUUAACAUUAUCGACCACAGAUGCUUUGAAAUGGACGGACAACAGCUGAAUUUGUUCCAGAGAAGGUCAUGAUGAAUGUCCAAAAAGGUAUAAGUGUACAAUCAGACCCAGGAAACAUGGACUCAAACUUAAGUCUUACUGCAUGCUUCAGCUAUGCUAAUAAGACAAAUCCAUAUGUGGAAUGUCCUUUCAAGCCGUCAGUGGUGGUGCUUAUGAUUCUGGGACUGAGCUCUUUGAGUCUGAUUACAGUUAUCGGCAAUGUUCUGGUCAUUGUCUCCAUCAAGGUCAAUAAAAACCUUCAGACAGUUAAUAACUGUUUCCUCUUCAGCUUAGCAUGUGCAGAUCUCAUCAUCGGUGUGUUUUCCAUGAACCUCUAUACAAUCUACAUUGUGAAUAGAUUCUGGCCUUUAGGGCCUAUCGUCUGUGACUUGUGGUUGGCUCUCGACUAUGUGGCAAGCAACGCUUCUGUCAUGAACCUCCUUAUCAUCAGCUUCGACCGCUAUUUCUGCGUCACCAGGCCGCUUAGCUACCCAGUCAAAAGGACAACCAGGAUGGCGGGAAUGAUGAUCGCAGCCGCCUGGGUCUUGUCUUUUGUCCUGUGGGCACCAGCCAUCCUUUUCUGGCAGUUCAUCAAGGGUGGUCGCACAGUGCCCAAAGGAAAAUGUCAAAUUCAAUUCUUUUCUGAUGCUGUGGUCACUUUUGGCACAGCUAUCGCUGCAUUCUACCUGCCUGUGGUCAUCAUGAGCAUACUGUACUGGCAGAUUUCCAAGGCAAGUCGCAGCCGUGUCAGGAGGAGAGACUGUCACAAAACGUCUGAAGUCAGUCAGGAAGGCAGGACUCAGGCCACUGUCUCGACCACAGAGGAGAACAGAGAGGGGAAGGAAGGCAAGGAAGCAGAGGGUUUGCAAGUACGCUGCCCCGGUUCCAGCACUAUAAUAGGUGAGGACAGGGAGAGUGAAAAUGACUCCACAUCAGGCAGCAUCUUGGCGUCAUUCAGUCAGAGAGAGGAUGCGGUUUCUAACGGUGAUGUUCAGAGCACUCCAACAAAGAGAGCAAGAACAAGCCAUGCAAAACUAACUUGUUUGGCAAUUCCAUCAAAAGAGACUAUGGGUAACAGUGCAAAUCAGAACACCAGCCAUCAUAAGGAGAGGCAGAGCCUGGUUGCCCUGAUCUUCAUGCCUCCAAACAAGAAAAAGAGAAAGAAUGGGUGCUCCAGAGAGAGGAAGGUUACAAGGACAAUCAUGGCUAUUCUUCUGGCCUUUGUGAUCACUUGGACCCCUUACAAUGUCAUGGUGCUGAUCAACACUUUCUGCUCUGAGUGCAUCCCUAACUCCAUGUGGACACUGGGGUACUGGCUGUGUUACAUCAACAGCACAGUUAACCCCGCCUGCUAUGCCCUGUGCAAUGCCACCUUCAAAAACACCUUCAAGCAGCUGCUGUUGUGCAAGUACAAAAACAUUCGCACAGUCAGAUAAAACCUAUAUGUGGUUUCUGUAAAGCUGAUGAGUCUAAUGUACGAUUUUGGUUCCAUAUCGAAAAGUUUUUUUUAAUAGACCAGAGCGAUGGUAUUAAUAUGCACACCACACACACCAUGGGAGGGACAUGUCACAUUCAAGUCACGUUCAGUAUACGGCUAAACAGGGUUGAAAAGCUGGAGGUACCCCAUGGAGACAAUUACAGCUUUGUAAAGGGUGUGCCAUUGAGUAUUGACUUCAAAUAACGCUAGAUGUUACCAAGAACGAGAAAACAACCCAUUUAGGAUCAUAAUGCAAUCUAGAAUAUGUUGAAGAUGUAAAUUGUUCAAUUAUUCAUUCAUUCAGCUUCAUUCAGUAAACAAUUUAUCCUGGUCAGGGUCAUGGUGGAUGCAGAGUCUAUCCCCGGACUGCUGGGUAUGACACCAGGGGACACCAGUCCUCCACAGGAAACACACAUAUGAGUGGAAAACCCACGUAGACAGGAAGAGAACAUUCACAGGUGGUAACCUGAAUGUAGGAUGGAACCAGGGAUGUCUGAGAGUGUGAGGCUGAGAGGCUUUAAUGCUACAGCAUUAUGCAUUACCACACUACUACACCCCACACACACGUACUCAUUAAUACAGACUCUGGAGCUUUGACCUAAUUCAUGCUAUAUAGUGGUGCACUAUUCUCAGAUAAAACUCCGCUGAUUACUAUAGAACACUAUGCUUUACUCUGUAGACUAAUAUAUACAGUAUUUACAGUUGUGUUUCUAAUUUAGGAAAAAUAAACAGCUUCUAUCUGUGUUAUGAGAGAAUCAUAUCUGAACUGUUGUGGCUAAUACACAACAUCUAAGACUAAUCAUAUCUUAUGAAUCGGGCCUCAUUUAUCAAGCUACUACAGACAAAACUGCAUGUAUUCAACAAGUCAAACUUAUGACCAACAGUGUCAACGGUCUACAAGUCUAGUGCUCCUCGUUACUAAUCUGUAGGCCAGAAAGGCCCUUAAAAUAUAAUUAGAAUGUGAAGGAAGCGAUUGAAGAAACAGUAUUUCAGAUACUUGACCUUGCACUUUGACUGUUGGGAUCAGUUCCAAAAUAUCUAAUCAGUUCAUCUGCUAGUGAUAAUGAUAAUUAAAAAAAAAUCCUACAAACAUUUAACCACUUGUUCUUUGGAAAAAUAAUGAAUCUAACUCAUCCCACAUUAGCUGGCUGAGGUAUAACAAAAUACUCGAAGGCAUUUACACAGGAUAUGCGUUAUUCUUAAAAGUCUAUCCUACAAGAGCACCAAAGUUACAUGUAAGGAGACUCGCUGAUUUGAAUUUUCAUUGAUUGGCUUCAACGUGUAUAAUUACAUGAGAUUUUCAAUGUGGGUUAUGGUGAUUCUGGAUUGUGAAAUCACUCUGAGGAGUUUUAUUGUAUGUUAAUACUUUUUGUUUUUUUGCUGGUUAAAUGAAGGUCACUACGUUAAUACGUUAAUACAUAACUAAUGAACUAACUUACUAACUAACUAGCUGUUCAAGUUCCACACACGUUUAAUGAAAAAGUAUGAAUGUCAUUUUUAAUUUUUUUAAGAAAGCAAUCCAAAACAAAUCCAUGAAUUAAGACAAAUAAGAACAGAUUUUUAAAACAAACGGCAUGCUAUAAGAGGAAGAAGAGGAAGUGUGUGUGUGUGUGUGUGUGGAUGCUGAUGUGCUGUUGGCUGAGCUGGUUUAUACUGAAGAUCUAGCUCACGCCGAACUUAAGAGAUGCACUUUUAGCAUUUAAGCAUAUUAACUUUUAAUGGAAUUUUGUGGGCAUCACUAAAUGCAACUCAUCCAUUCCACAAAGCACUUUCACUUCACACUUGAUGGUUAUAAGUGUAAACAUGUGAGUAUGAAGAAAUAAAGCAUUACUGUACUUUUCGUAAACCUGGUAGGGAUUUUUCGGUACGGUUUUGGCAAACAAGAACACUUUAAACACACUUUGCUAAGAGAAUGAUAAAUGAGGCCCAUUGAUGUUACAGACUCCAGACCUUCUGGAGAGUUUUUAAUAGCAAUUCACUUUUUAUCUUUGAUGCAUCUGUUAGUGUGUAAAUCCUUAAACCGUUUGAAGCUGCAUUUAAAAUACAUGCCAUGUGAAUCCUGGGCACAGCUUGGAGCAUUUAAAGAAAAUUUCAGUUGAAAUGGCUUUUUUUUAACAGUGGUAAAUGAUGUGCUGUGUGCGUGUGUGUUCUACCAAACCAAAACUAUUUUCUACAGAUUGUGAAGAGGAGGAAAAGAACAAACCUGAUUUUCCUGCUCAUGACCAGGGAGUUGUGGUUGUGUAAUUAAAGUAAAUAUAGGAGAUGCAAGUUAACAGCAUAAAGCUUUGGAAGCUGCUACCAUGCACUUAAUGAGUUACAUUAUUAAGAGAGUGUUAGAAAAUAACUAUUCUGAACUGAACUUAUUAACCUUCAUAUGAACGAGUUAAUAUUUAUCCUGAUAUCUAUCUAAACUAUUAUAUAUCUAUAUAAGGCUGUUUCUUUCACUGUUUGCAAUUAAUAAUUAAAAUUUGCCUAUUAUCUUGUAUAUCUGGAGCUCUUCUUCACACGGCUGAGCAAAAUCAUAACCGAAUGUUGAUUACACAAUAAAGUACUUUUCCUGAG